ACUAUGCCGACCCGGAAGUCACUGAAUGCGACACCGUGGAUUAAUGUCUGCUGCUUGUGUUCGGCUCUCCUCUCGUUGUUUACAUUUCUAAAUGAUUUAUUCCUCCUAUUUCUGAGACUGUCAUCGGCACAGUGUCAACUCUAAUCUUGAAAUUAUGAGAAAUAUCAACAAAGCGAUGUGAGAAGCUAAACUGCGAGACGACAUUUCAUCCUGCUUUGACUCGAAAUAGCACUGGAUGCUAACUGUUUCAGCUCCGCAUCUUCAUGUGUCGCUCCUUUAUCCAAAGAUGACCAAUUAGUGAUGACCAAGUGUGCCUGCUACUUGGACCCCAAAUACAACAACAACAUGGCUGUGGAGUUAUAGCACCAGGCGAGCCCUGACAACACCUUAUACGAUAACUUUUGUAGGUUGCACAAUGUUUGGUGCGCCUCAAAGCUCCAAGACUGAAUUCCUGGAUAAAGCCAGGCAGGCAAGAGAGGAGCGAAAAGGACACAAGGAUAAGGAAAAUGCAGCCAUCCACAUCCAAUCCCUGGUCAGAAGAUUUCUGUGUCGCUGCAGACUACAGAAAGAACUAAGGAAAGAAGUAGAUGACUAUUUUCAAGCUUCUCCCGCAACGUCAAAAAGAAAUGCACUCUCACUUUUUAAAAUCGCUCGUAAAUUACUGUUUGUUUUUCACCAAGAGGAUAAGGCGAGGUUUGAGAAGCUGUGCAGGGCUAUUCUUACCAGCAUGGAGGUUGAAAAUGAGCCUAAAGUCUGGUAUGUGUCGUUGGCUCUCUCCAAAGACCUCACAAUCCCUUGGUUGAAACAGAUUAAAGAUGUGCUGUGGACCUGCUGCCAACUACUGAAAAGCUUAAAACCUGACAUACUACAGGACAACAAACUGGUAACGCUGUACCUCACCAUGCUGGUUACCUUUACAGACACGUCAACAUGGCGAAUCGUCAGAGGGAAAGGAGAAGCUCUUCGACCUGCAUUGAUGAGGAUUUGUGAGAAUAUCAUGGGUUAUCUUAAUCAAAAGGGAUUCUAUUCAACACAUCAGAUCUUGUUGACCAACGGCUUGGCUCGCUCUAAACCAUCUCUGUCCAAAGGCACUUUAACGGCUAUCUUUACUCUGUCACUAAGGCCGGUCAUCGCCGCUCACUUCUCAGACAACCUGCUCAGAUCAUUCCUCCUUCACAUCAUGUCAGUUCCAGCUGUGGUUACACACCUCUGUGUGCUCACUCCAGAGUGUAUAGCAUCAAUUCAGACUCACAACCUUUUAAGGAAGUUCAUCCUGUUUCUCAGCCGUGAGGAGCAGUGUUCUGAUAUUUGUGUGUGUUUAGAGGGAAGUCACACACUCUGCUUACUUGGUAACUUGAUUCACUUGGGCUUUCUUAAUGAGCGAGUCAUAGAGGAGGAGGCAAAUCACUUUGUGAAGGACCUAACUGACAUGCUGUCCUACUGCCAGAGAUAUGUGUCCCAAAAGAAGUCCAACCUCACCCACUGGCACCCUGUCCUGGGCUGGUUCUCCCAAACUGUAGACUAUGGUCUGAACGAAUCAAUGCCUCUGGUCACCAAGCAGCUGCAGUAUCUCUGGGGCGUUCCUGUCAUUCGGACUCUUUUCAGCGACGUUCUCUCUAAGAAGUUGGAGAGUCAGGAGACCACUCCUUCGCCUCCGCAACCAAGCACUUCGCAAAACAACCUUCCAGUUAAAAGCCUCUUCAAGCGAGCGUUUCAGAAGUCCGCUUCUGUACGAAACAUCUUGAAGCCAGUAGGUGGAAAGCGAGUGGAUUCUGCUGAAGUACAGAAAGUGUGCAGCAUCUGUGUGCUCUACCAGACUGCUCUGUCCACUUUGACACAAAUACGCCUGCAGAUACUCACCGGUCUGACGCACCUUGAUGAUCUACUGCCCAAGUUGUGGGCCUUUAUCUGCGAGCUUGGUCCUCAGGGAGGCCUCAAACUCUUCAUGGAAUGUCUUAACAAUGACACUGAAGAGUCCAAGCAACUCCUGGCUAUGCUCAUGCUGUUCUGCGACUGUUCACGGCACCUCAUCACAAUCCUGGAUGAUAUUGAAGUUUAUGAAGAACAGACCUCCUUCAAGAUAGAGGAGCUCCUCACUAUCUCCUCUUUUCUGAACACAUUUGUGUACAAAAUGAUUUGGGAUGGUAUCCUAGAGAACGCAAAGGGGGAGAAACUGGAACUAUUCCACAGUGUUCACGGUUGGUUGAUGGUGCUUUAUGAACGUGACUGCAGGCGAAAAUUUACCCCAGAUGACCACUGGUUACGCAAGGACUUAAAACCCAGCUUGUUGUUUCAAGAGCUUGAGAAAGGCAAGAAGAGAGCCCAGCUGCUACUGCAAUACAUUCCGCACGUUAUUCCUCAUAAAAAUAGGGUGCUGCUGUUUAGGAACAUUGUCACGAAAGAGAAAGAGAGCCUUGGGUUGGUCGAAACGAGCUCCGCUUCGCCGCAUGUCACUCAUAUUACCAUUCGUCGCUCACGCAUGUUAGAGGAUGGAUAUGAUCAGCUCCGCCGCUUACCUGUGAAUUCAAUGAAAGGCGUCAUUCGAGUGAAGUUUGUGAACGACCUGGGAGUGGACGAAGCUGGUAUCGACCAGGACGGUGUCUUUAAAGAGUUUCUAGAAGAGAUCAUUAAGAAAGUUUUUAACCCUGCUCUUAACCUCUUCAAGACCACAAGUGGAAAUGAAAGGCUGUACCCUUCGCCUACUUCGUACAUCCAUGAGAAUCAUCUGCAGCUCUUUGAAUUUGUUGGGAAGAUGUUGGGGAAAGCCAUAUAUGAGGGUAUUGUGGUGGACGUCCCUUUUGCCUCUUUCUUCCUCAGUCAAGUAUUGGGUCACCACCACAGCACUUUUUAUAGCUCCAUUGAUGAGCUGCCCUCGCUGGAUUCUGAGUUUUACAAGAAUCUCACCUCCAUUAAGCGCUAUGAUGGAGACGUAGGGGAUCUAGGACUCACUUUAUCAUAUGAUGAAGAUGUUAUGGGUCAGCUAGUUUGUCAUGAGCUGAUACCCGGAGGAAAGACCAUGCCAGUCACCAAUGAAAACAAGAUCAGCUACAUUCACCUCAUGGCUCACUUCCGGAUGCACACACAGAUUAAGGAGCAAACUGCGGCUUUCAUCAGGGGCUUUCGUAGUAUUAUCAACCCAGAAUGGCUGCACAUGUUUUCUACACCCGAGGUCCAGCGUCUUGUCUCAGGAGACAAUGCUGAGAUUGACUUGGACGACCUUAAGAAGCACACAGUCUAUUAUGGAGGUUUUCACAGCAGCCAUCGUGUCAUCAUCUGGCUGUGGGACAUUCUGUCCAGUGACUUUACUGCUGAGGAGAGGGCAAUGUUCCUUAAAUUUGUCACCAGCUGCUCAAGACCUCCUCUCCUAGGGUUUGCCUACCUCAAGCCACCUUUUUCAAUACGUUGUGUGGAAGUGUCAGACGAUCAGGACACGGGGGACACCCUGGGUAGCGUCCUCAGAGGCUUCUUCACAAUCCGCAAGAAGGAGCCUGGCGGCCGACUGCCCACUUCCUCUACGUGCUUCAACCUGCUCAAGCUGCCUAACUACAGCAAGAAGAGCAUCUUGCGAGACAAGCUGCGCUACGCCAUCAGUAUGAACACCGGCUUUGAGCUCUCGUAAGGCUCGUCGGGGGAAAAAGGACCCUGGGCACAGGAUGGAUAUGCGGAGCGGCUCGACCCAGGUGAAAAGUUCUGCUCGCCGAGAACAUCGACAAAGUAAAGGAGGAGUCAUGAAGAACUACUCCUUUUUUGUCUUAUUUUAACACCUGCAGGAUCUCCCUUAAAGUGAAAGGGAUGCUGAUUUUGCAGCACAAUCACAUUUUUGGCAUCUCCAUGUACUCCAAGGUAAUAUAUGCGUAGUAUUUAACUCCAUAAAAUCCAUAUUUAUAGCGUCUCAGUUUCUCAGGCUUAACAGAAUCUUUUUUUGUUUUUUUGUUCGAUCUAACACUCCCACUUGAAGUGAACUGGAAAGCAAUACAGAAACAAUGCAAGAAGCCAUUAGACACAAAGCGAUGCAUCGGUAAAUACAAUUUUUAGACUUUGGUAUCCGUGCAUCCUUGAGAGAAUAUCGAACAAGUCCUAAAGUGUUUUCCGCGGAGUAAAUGUGAUUUGUCCAAGUUGAAGACCCAUCACCCGUCCUGUGUUGCUUACACUACGUCCCAUUUCUAAGGAAAAUGCUGUUGAUCUUAUUCAAUUUCAAGACAUUGAUUUUAAUAUUUUACAAACAUGCUUUGUACUUAAACAUCUGCUUUAUUUGUGGUCAAGCACCAAACUCUCUGCACAUCAUUUUCUUUUCUAAAUGCAGUGCAUCCGGAAAAUAUUCACAGCGCUUCACUUUUUCCACAUUUUGUUAUGUUACAGGCUUAUUCCAAAAUAGAAUAAAUUCACUUUUGACCUCAAAUUUCUACACACAAUACCAAAUAAUAACAAUGUAUUUUUUAAAUUUUUUAAAUGUAUUAAAACAAAACAAAUCCCAUUUAUAUAAGUAUUCACAGCCUUUGCUCAAUAAUUUCUUGAUGCACCUUUGGCAGAAAUUACAUCGUCAAGUCUUUUUGAAUACGAUGCCAUAAACUUGGCAUACCUAUCUUUGGGCAGUUUCGCCCAUUCCUCUUUGCAGCACCUCUCAAGCUCUAUCAGAUUAGAUGGCAAGCGUUGUUUUUCCUUCAGGAUGUCUCUGUACAUUACAGCAUUCAACUUAGUCUAGUCAGGGAGGUGACCAAGAACCCAAUGGUCACUCUGUCAGAGCUAGAGCAUUCCUCUGUGGAGAGAAGAGAACCUUCCAGAAAGACAAACAUCUCUGCAGCAAUCCACCACUCAGGCCUGUAUGGUAUAGUAGCCAGACGGAAGCCAUUUCUUAGUGAAAACUUUGCCAAAAUGCAUCUAAAAUACUCUCAGACCAUGUGAAACAAAAUUGUCUGGUCUGAUGAGACAAAGAUUGAAAUCUUUGGCGUGAAUGCCAGGCAUCAUGUUUGGAAGAAACCAGGCACCGCUCAUCACCAGGCCAAUACCAUCCCUAAUGUGACGCAUGGUGGUGGCAGCAUCAUGCUCUGGGGUUGUUUUUCAGCGGCAGGAAUUGGGAGAAUAGUCAAGAUAGAUGGAAAGAUGAAUACAUCUCUGACAGAGUGACCAUCGAGUUCUUGGCAUACUUGCCAACCCUCACAAAUUUUCCGGGAGACUCACGAAUUUCAGUGCCUCUCCCGGGACAACCAUUCUCCCGAAUUUCUCCCGAUUUUCAGCCGGACAACAGGCACGCCCCCUCCAGGUCCAUGCGGACCUGAGUGAAAACAGCCUGUCGUCACGUCCGCUUGGCCAACCAAAAAGUAACCACAGAACACCAGUGUUCUGUGGUUACUUUUUGGUUGGCCAACGGUUUACGUUGUAUUGCGCACCUUGAUGGCAAGUGUGGGAGUCGGUUCUGAAGUAUGAAGUAAAGAGACGUAACUUCGUCACCUCGCCUGGUUAUUGACUCCAACCCAGAAUAUUACACUGCCCAUACCUAUGCUCCUUCAAAGGCUGUGCUACUGGCUGCAAAGCAUUGCACUUUCAAAUACAACGAUGAGUAGAGAGGAGUGUUGUGUGUGUAUAUGUGUAAAUAAAUGAACACUGAAAUUCAAGUAUUUAUUUUAUUUAUAUGUAUAUAUAUAAUAAAAUAUAUAUAUAUAUAUAUAUAGCU